AUGAGGACUUCGCAGCACGCAAAGGGAGACUGGAAGAAGAUUGACGAUUUUCUGCGUCCUGCCCUCAAGAAGACCCUGAAUCUUCCUCCCGAGGCAUCUAACAACUAUCUUUAUGGCCUUUCCGGCAAAGGUGCCCUUGGCAUUCCACUCGCUGCGGAGGAUUCAGACAUCGCUGCCGUCGACUCUGCUUUCAAGCUGCUUUGCGCUAGAGAUCCCUUUGUUCGUGCUUCCGCCUGGGAUGAUCUGACCUCCUUCGUCCGUGCACGCAUCGGAUUCGCUCCUUCUCCUGAGUUAGUGGCACAGUUCCUGUCUGCAUCCGACGAAGCUCCCUUUGCCGCCUCUUGCAAUUCCAUCUCCUCUACGUGGUCUGCCGCAAGGUCCGCAUCUCGGCGCCUCAAGAUUGUUUGGACUAUCGAUGCUGGUGGGUCUCCCUCUAUUUCCUGUGGUCCUAACACCAUCUUCCCGAGCCAGAAGCACACCAUCUUCCGGGCCUUCCGGACCCUAAGACGGGCUACCCGUAUUAGUGACCUGUCCCUCCUCCCGAACCAGGGUAAGGCCAUGGAAUGUGUUGCCGUCUCGCGCUCGAGCUCGCACUUCUUCAGAGAGGGGUCCUUCACGCGCUUCGCGGACUGGAGAUUUGUUCACCGUGCCAGGCUGAACCUGGUACCUCUCAAUGCCUGCAAGCCCUGGGACCGUUCACGCCGUGGAUGUCGCCGUUGCAAUUUCAGUGAAGAAACGCUCCCACAUGUCCUCAACCACUGUAUGCGUUAUUCUUCCAUCUUCCAACGACGUCACAAUGCUGUGGUUGAACGGCUGAAGAAGGCCGCGAGUGGGCGCUGGGAUGUGCUCUUCUGCAACCAAGUCUUCCCUGGUACUUCUCUCCGCCCCGAUCUGGUUCUUCGCAAAGGCUCCUCCGCUCUGGUAAUCGACGUCACCAUCCCGUUCGAGAAUAGGCUUGCUGCUUUUUCUUCCGCCAGAGAGGAAAAGAUUUCCAAGUACCGUCCGGUUGCUGAGCUGCUCAGGAAAGACUACACCGAUGUUCAGAUCCAUCCCAUCAUCAUUGGUUCUCUCGGCUCUUGGGACGACAAGAAUGAUAGAGUGCUACGCAGGCUGUGCAGCAACAAAUACGGAAACCUUUUGAAGAAACUCGCAGUUAGCGAAACUAUUAAAUUUUCUAGGGACGUAUAUGUUGAGCACCUCACUGGGGUAAAACAGUCCUAA